AGACGCCAGCAAACGAUGAAAGGGUCACCAUUCGUCACCAUUCUGAAUCUUCACCUGAAGAAUGGAGAACCUCCAUGUUGUACAUCUUCAGCUUCAAGAAAUGCCACCAUGCUCAUGUACAUGCUCAUAGGUUCUGAAUUGAUGAUAGAUACUGUUUGACGAUUGCCUCGCAUGCUGCGGAAGGCGCCGGAUCCCCUCAAGACUGUCUUUUUUUUUCAGGUUAGUUUUUGUGUCGGACAGAAGGUUGGCACUAAUCAAGAAAUUUCUUAUGUAUGAAGAUGUUGGCUAGGCAAGUGGCACCACUGAUCUAAUAGUCCUUGUCUUAGUGUAGUUAGUAGCUUUCGCUCGGCGGUAGAGUUACAGUUUCGCUACUUUCUUAAUCUGAACAAGAAGCUGAACCAUAUCUGUGAACUACAAAGUAAGACAAGACAAGAUGAACGACGUUGAUCGUGGCUUGUUCGGGGGUAAAGACCCGGAUGAGAUGGAGAUCCGGCAUCCCUUUGCGGCUCCCCAUGAAGAUGACGGUUUUGCGGCGCCCUUACCCAUUCCUGUCGGAAAGGCGGCAGCUCCGCCCCCGAAAGCAGAGGCAACCACGAAGAGCACAGUCGACCCUCCCAACAGUGGAGACCAAUCCAGGCCAGAGUUAAGGACGGUGGAAGCUCAAGUUAGUUUGUUCUUUUCAUCCUCUUCGUUAGGGUUAGCGUUCGCUGAUAUAAGUAAGAGUUUUGGUAUUCUCAUUCUCUGGUGGUGGUGCGUUGUAUCUAGAACUGUAUCUUUAUCUUGUCUUUCAAUGUUGGUCUCUAGUAGCUAUCCUAUUCCUACUCAGAGUCAGAACAAAACAACUAACACCAAGAAUGAACCACCAUGCAUAUGAUAUGCUUAUGGUCAUUCCUUGUUUUUCUCUAAGUUUAAGCGGUGAUCCCUCGGGGAAAACGACUCAGAAAGCAGCAACGGAUGGAUGGCAUUUGGAGCAGGCUCCCGACAGUGAAUUCCGUCACGAGCAUCAGGGAAAUGAGUUGGACGAGGCCAAAAAAAUGCAAGAGAAUUUCGAGAAGAUGCAAGAAUCCAUGAAGUCCCACUUCGGAAACGUGAUCUAUCACGAAGAUGGUCGCAUCGAGAACAACCAGCAGGUGCGUUACGACCCUACCGGUGCCGCGAUCAACCCAGCCUUUGCCGCAAAAGCAAACAUGACACCGAAUUUAUGUCCUUUACUACUCAAAAUACAUAGCAAUACUUAUGUGUCCGUGUCGCACUUCUAGAAGAAAGUGCCUCUGCGUUUAUGUCGCACGGCACCAGAAGUAGAAAGUCCUUUUCUAUGUUCUUCGUUGUGAUCCUUGAAGAUUUUUCAUUUCGAAACUCAAUUUUCUUCAUAAUCAUAUCCCUGUCAUUAGUAGGUCGUCGUCGUCCUUUCCACUUGCUUCUCUUCUAACCGUGAUGUUUGCGAUCAAUACGUUGCAACUUGGUGCACCGCUGCCACCGGGAAUGAUUAUGGGGAAUGAUGGGGGUCUUUUGGACGGCGCCGACGGUGGCGUUUUUGGGACGCCUGCUGCACCACCGAUGGGACUAAAGCCGGCUUCUGCUCUCUACGCGGAUAACCGCUCUGCGAUAGCUCCGCCGAAUCGUGUCUUGGUUAAGGCUUCUUUGAAUGACGUACUCGAAAUCUUAGAAUAAGCAAGUAAAAUCAAGGAUAGUUCUACCUCAGUAGGUGUCUUACUCCCCGUUACUAGGGUGUGUUACGCUUAACCCGCUCUAAAAAUGUAGACACACAGAUGUUUAUGUCGCACACGGAAUGGAACCGAAUGUCUCAACAAAAAGGAAAAGGAAAGAAGAAAGGACCCGGAGGCGAUCCUGAUGCUCGCGUCUGGAUUGGAGGCCUGCCGGAUGAUAUCACGGAGGACCGCAUGCGUGCAAAAUUCGGCCACUUUGGCAUGCUCGUAGAUAUCGAUAUCAAGUACCAGCCUAUCGAAAAGGUAACAUUUUUUAUAUUUGUGUUUCAUCUCGCCAUGAUGUUCUCCUUCUCUCCGCUUCAAUGCUCUUUAUUUGCCUGUGCACUAAAAUCAAGACUUCAAGUUCAAUUUGUUCAUAUUCUUCCACUUCUCUUUCUCUGCCAGGGUGGCGGUCCGCCUUUCGCAUUCUUGCAGUACGAAACGUUUGCUGAAGCUCAAAAAGUGAUCGAAGAAAUGGAUCAACUUCGCGUUUUUGAAGAAAAAAACAGAAUCAAGGUACUAUGCAUAACCAGUUUAAUGCUUUAUCUUUUGAGAUCGAAAACAAUUAUAACGAUAGCUUGUCAUACAUCUUGUCAUCCAGUACUACAACAUCUUGUCAUCAUGCAGUACAACAGGUUUGCGGAUGUUCCGCUGCAGCCAAGGCAGCAGCACGCCAGCGUACUUUGGAGCGUACUGCAUGGGAAGCGAAGGAGCGCGCCUUGGAAAAAGGGCUAGGCCAACUGGAAGGCGAGGACGGCAAGGUCAUCGAGGGAGACGAUCUUCUAGUUAAGGCUCAGCACAUCAACUACAAUUCUUCAUUUCCUUAACUACAAUUCCUAUUCCUUAUUUCUCAAUUCCUUAGAAACUACAAUGAAUUCCUUAUUUCAUCUCUAGAAGAAGUCGGUCAUCUGCUCUACAACUACAAUUCCUUAUUUCUCUACAAGAAGUCUGUCAUCUGCUCUACAACAGAAUCAUAGUUCUCAACUACUUACAAUUAAUCACUUCUCUACCAGUACUUGUCAAGUCUGUCAUCUGUCAUUCUCAUUUCUCACUGUUUGCAGCUUAGGAUUCAUUAGGAGAAUUAUGCACUUGCAUGCAAGAAAUUAUUUGCUUUGCGCUCUAAUCUGGACUUCAAAGGUGGCAAAAAAGGCGACGGCAAGGGGAAGGGCAAGGGCAAAGCUCCUAGGAAAGGGGAUGGAACCUUUUGCUCCGGAGCGGACGGCAAGAAGACGGCGGCUGAUCUCGAGGCAGAACGUGUUGCUGCGCGAUGGAAGCUGUUGUGGGAGAAGGAAAAGAAACAAAAGGAGGAAGAAGAGGCGUUUAAUUAAGGCUCAUAAUAUUAAUGAUUAGAAACAAAAGGAGGAAGAAGAGGCGUUUAUUUAACUAAGGCUCCUCAUCAUGGAUCUUCUUUGGUCUCUCACUUAAUUACAAAAAAGGAAAGAGAUGAGGAAACAAAUUCCUCAAAAGUGACCUCUUGCCAGGCACAUCAGCCAACCAGUCAUCUCUAUCUCUUGUUGUCCACAGAUAAUUUGUUCUCUCAGUUGUUUCCUUCUUGGAUUCUAAGGAUAUGACUCACGCUCACGUUAGGCUUAGAAGAAGAUCAUGAACUAUUCUUGUAAGCUGCUCUAAUUUACGCGAAAGGAAAGGCGAAGAGCCAUGGGUCUGCCGUCCACGACCCCGCCGCGCCGCCCCCGCAGUCCGAGGCGCAGCCGCUCCCGUGGACGUCGCGAUGACCGCAGAGACUUAAGACUCUCAUUAAUUCAUCUUCCAAGUGCAUCCUUGAAAAGUAUGGGGAAGGACCGCAGGAGAAUACUCUCCCAUGCUCUUCAAGAUUGCAUGUCAAGGAUGAAGACCGGACAGCCCUAAGAGACGAUCGUGGUGGCCGCCGCGACUAUAACGACCGCGACCGUCGUUAUGACGACCGCCGUGAAGACCGAGGGGAGCGCGGUGACCGAGACCGUCGUGACCGAGGUGGUGGCGAACGUGACCGAGGGGGUGGCGAUGAUCACCGUGGUGACCGUGAUCGCCGAGACGUAAAUCGUGAUGAUGAUCAACACCGAAGAGACCGCGAUCGCGAAGGAGCAAGAGGACACCGGGACCGGGAUCAUGAGGGAGGAGGUGAACAGCGUGGUGGUCGAGACAGGAAUCGUGAUCAAGAUGGCGGAGGUGGAGACCGGGAACGCACACGCGAUCGAGGAGAUCAAGAUGAUAGAGGCCAUCAUGAUGACAGAGUCGUGCUCAAGGAGAACCGUAGGGGCGACGAUGAUAACCGUGGCGACCGAGGACGGGACCGGGAGCGUCGCAGAGGCGGCGAGGAGAUGGAAUAA